UCAUUAAGAUUUGUUACAGACAGAUGUGGAUUCUGUAUGCUAAAAUGGAUGACAAAACGGUGUCCUCAAACAAGGAUGUGUUUACCUCUGAUUCUGAUGGUCUUCCUUGUUCUGAACCUGAGACUUUCAUUAGAGAAAGAAUAUCAGCAUGGUAAUGAACAGAUGGAACGGCACUCUCGGAAUAACAAGAAAGCUGAAUAUCAUUAUCAUCAGUGUUUUAUGCCAUCGUCGAGAAUGGAGCCGGUCACAGAUGUCCUGAUGGAGUUCCUAGAGACCGAAUCUAUACACACUGGCAUUGUUGCCACCUGUCGGAGGCCUAUCAAGGGUGCAGCGGGGCGACCAGUCCAGUUUACAUACCCAGACCUGCCUGCCAGUCCCAUGACUCUACAGAGACAGGCAUUGGAGCGCUGCCUGGUGACUCUGUGGGCCCAGAUCCUGGUCUUCCUCAUCUUGACUUGCCUCCUCGAACUCAUCUACUCUGCCAUGGAGCACAGCUCGGCCCAUCCCUUUGUGGCCUUGCUGGACAACCUCAGUAUGGGGACAGCGACUGAGGAACUGUCGCUCCAGGAUGACCCUUAGGACUCAUCGGUACACCCUCUCUAGGGAGGAGUAACUCCCCUGCUCUAGGUCUGUGUACUGAUUCUCCACCCUUCUCCUAAAGGGAGAAAUAAUUUUAUGCAUGAAUUUAAUAAUGGAUAAAACUUAAUACAGCCAAUGCUUAUACCAAUCCUAAACUUUAAAAACCUUGAUGAGAAGUAGCGCACACUUGGGGGUUAAGGAAGGAUGCUCCACAAAUUGGUUUACAGUUGUUGUGAGGAACUUCAUUUGGUCACUGUAAUUCACCUUUACACUUUGGAUGAUGUCACUCUUAACCAAGCAAGGUCGCCCUUAUAACCUUGUUGGUUGGAAAAUGUUCAGAUGAAACUACUGUUCAAAUAUAUACAGUGAUGGUGGAAAUGCAGAAAAUAAAGUGAUUAGGCUUAAUUUAGAGAAAUAAUACCAUUGUGAGAUUUGUAACUGAAUGGAAGAUGUUGUAUUUAAUUAAAAGUAUAUAUCAAGGAGAACUGAAUGGCGUUACGGCUACAAUUUACACAUUGGUUCAGUUGGGGUUAUCAAAGUCCAGUCUGUGUUAGAGUUCAUCAAAUAUGUGAUCAGGGACAGUAUUCUCUUGUUUUAAAGGUUUUGUAAAUGUAUUUUUAUUCAGUACAGUUUUUGGGCACUGAAAUGUCAAACUAAUAAGCAAUAUUAAAAAAUAUAUUUUGUGAAUACUCAUCACCUUUUCAAACCUAUCUGUAUUUUUUCCGUUUCUAUUUUGGGUGUGAAAUAGCUACUUUAAACAAAAAAUGUUAGGGAAUUCAGUGUUUUUUUUCAAGAGUUGCUUUUGUGUUUGAGUUAUUUUGAAUAAAGAGAUUUGUUUCAUUUGGACAUGGUCCCAAAUGAAUAACA